GACAACGCGACGUUCUUCGCGGCGCCACGGGCUGCCCCGGCGAAGAGUGGCGGUGGCAGCCGCGAGGUGCUUCCGGCCUCGCUGGCCUCUUGGGUGAGCUGGGAGCGCAGGCUGCCAAAGUGGUGCGAGUGGUUCCUGAAGGUGCCCGCGGGCACCUACGUGAACGUCCCUCUCCUCUCGGAGCGCCUGAGGUGUCUGGGCUCUUCGAGGCUGCUGAGGAGGUCGUACCUCGGGGUCGCCCAGGCCCUGGUCCUGGAGGAGCGGCUGUCGCCCGUGUGGCUGCCUGCCGCCCAGGCUGGGAUCGCCGUGCACCGGGAGCUGCUGGAUCAGCUGCCCCAGAUGUUCCUCGCGUGCGCCCGAGAAGGAUUCCACACGCCCCUGACCAGGCAGGAGGGCGGCGCACUCGGGCUGUGCCUCUCGAUGCACAACGUCGCGCUGCAGCCCUGGGUCGACUCGGCGGAGGAGGCGUUCUUCGACUCCGAGGCGACGGAGGGCCAGAGCACCUGGGCGAGGCUGCAGGGCGCGCUCGACGUGGGCGCCGGGCGCAUCAGCAGGGCGCAGUGCCUUCUCGUGGCUUCUGGGCUCUCCGGGCCGCAGCUCGAGGACCUGCACCGCCUCGUGGGGAAGAGCAGGCGGUGGUUCAAGAACCAGGGGUGCGUACCCGGGGGCGUCUCGCUGCCAGAGCUCGCGGUCCAGCAGGUGGUCGUGGGCGGCACUGCUAUGUCCGAGCCUCUGAUCUCGGUCGCUGUCCGCCGCGCCCUACAGGACUGCCUGGUCCGCGACGCGUUCGUCUCGUUGAGCGUCCAGCCACGCGUUGAGACGGCCUCGGCGAUCCCAGAGUCGCCUGCGGCUUUGGUCACGGAGUGGAUCCAACCGCGGCUGCUCGAGGGCCCCGCAGCAGCGCUUUUGGGCCGCGGUGGUCACGAGCUGUGCGUGUUCGUGCUAGCCACAGCCGCGUCGCAGCGAUACGUGGAUGAUGCUGCCGCUGUGCUGAGGAGCUGGGCGGCGGAGGGCCCAGCCAGGCCCUCCGGAGUGGAGGUGUUUCUGGUCUCGCGCACUGUACCGGCUCCCGAAAGCAUGGCCCUCCGGCUACCAGGCGAUGCGGACUUGGGUUUUCUCCAUAACGGCGUGCGCGCCUUCUACCUCUGGAGGUAUCUGGCCAAGCACCACGCAGACAGUUGCAACUGGUUCAUGAAGGUGGACGCGGACACUUUCGUGAACUUGUGGGCCGUCAAGGAGCGCUUGGCGAGGUAUUUCAACGCCUCGGAGCACAACUACCUCGGCUCCUUGAAGGCCACGCUGACGGGGUCGGGACGGCACAUGAGCUUCGCGACGAACGUGGCCGUCCUGAGCGGGGGCCUGUUGCGGGACGCUGGGCCGUGGCUGCGGCAGUGCAGCGAGGACCUGAUCCGCAGGAAACUCGGCAGGGGCGCCGAAGACCUCGACCUGGCCUGGUGUCUGGACCUGCAUGGCGGGCUGUCCCCAGGCUUCCUGGGGGCACGGCGCGAGCUGCUCAGCCGCAACAUGGCCUUCGCAGCAGGGGCUGGACGGCUGCUGGGCGCCAGCGGCAUCUGCGCGCUGUUUUUGCACCCUGUGCACGCGGAAGAAAUGGACAGGGUGAAUGCGGAGUUGUUGCAAUUGCGUGGGCAUAUUGUGCAGUGGCUGCAGAGCAAAGACUUGGGGGUGUCGCAUUAUUGCGAUUGGCCAGAGGACGCCCCAAACAACGACUCUAGGUGGGCCGAGUACAUGCAAGAUAACUUCUUCAUCGGCAACGGCUCUCACGACUGCUGGGACAACGACUUCAACUGGCAUGCUUGUUGCAACCCCCGAGUGUGGGGCCGGGAGGGCAACGUGGGGUGUUGGGACGAGGAGCACACGCAUAAGAGGUGUUGCGGCCAGGAGCCAGCGCGUACUGCCGCCAGCUUCGCCCCCAGCUCGGCCGCGGACGCCUCCGCCAGCGCGGGGUCGCAGGGCCCACCGCCGCGGGACGCCUCGCCUGGUGACGCGCCUGCGCCGCUGGCGCACGCAGAGGACGCCGCUUCACCAGCCAGCGGCACAAUCACACCGCUGGCGCCCGCAGUAGACGCAGAGGGCAACUCGAAGUGCUGGGCGCAGGGCGGCUUCACACACGCGCUCUGCUGCGGGGGGCUCGCCGACUCCACGGAGUGCUGGGUCUGGCCCUACACCCCCGACUUCUGCUGCCGAAAGCCCCGCGCGCCCCGCGGCCCGGUGCGGCCCAGAUGCGGCCAGGGCGGCGGGGAGCUGCUGGCAUGCACGAAGUCGCUGGACGAGAUCGGCGCUCUCUUUGAGGCUUCGGUCAUCGGCGGCGGCGACAAGGCCAGCGGCUGGCACGACUACUUGGGUGCCUAUGAGCGGGUACUGCUGCACCUGCCCAUCUCCGCUAACGUGCUCGAGCUCGGCGUCCGUUCCGGCUCCUCCUUGGCCAUGUGGGCGGAGUACUUCCCUUUCGGCAGCAUCGUGGGGGUCGAUAAGAACACCGCCACUUUUGAGCGGGCCCGGCCACUGCUGGAGAACCACGGCGCCCUCUCGCGAGGCAACGUGCACGUUGUGCAGGCAAACGCCUCGAGCGCCUCUGUCCUGGACAGGCUACGCGAGGCCGGUUUCGAUGCCGGCUUUGCGGACGUGGUGGUGGAUGACGCGAACCAUUGGGCGAAGGACCAGAUCGCGCGAUUCGAGAUAUUGUUCCCGACAGCGCUACGCAGGGGAGGAGUCUACAUCAUCGAGGACGUGCACAUCCAGGCGCCCUACACCCACGACGGCGAGGCGGUGCGCGCGUACUUUACGAAGCUGAGCGAGUCCGCGUACCUCACCAAGGACGAGAUCCUGGUGGGGGCUCACCAGAUAGAGGCCCGAAGAGAUGCCUCCACGGACUGGCGGCACCAGGUUGAGUCUGUGACGUUCAUGCGGGACGUGGUUGUGAUUACGAAAGCCGCGUGA